AAAUAAUUGGUCAACCUGUUUUUCUUGACCGUUCUCGAGCUCCAUCCAUGGAUAUGGCUAAGGCUCUUCCAAGAAUCGACGAAAUGGACUAAACGGAGAAGAAAUGUCGCUGCCAAUGAUACCAAUAACUCUGGAGUCUGUAGUGAUCUCUGAAAAUUCCAAGUGUGAGAUCCUUCUGAACCUGUUGAAAAAUCAUCUGAUCAGAAAUUCAGAAUCUUCUUCGCCAAACAAAAGCAUCUUCAGACAAAAAUUCAGAACACUGCGACCGGUGUUGUCAUGUGUGAAGUUGUGUUACACUGUGCGCCACACAAGUCACUGUCUCCUCCCAGAUGGAGAACGGCAACAAAUACUUCUGCUUCUGCACAAUUCUGAUUUCUCUGAAACUUCGGCUGCUGACCAGUUUGUAGUUCAGGAGAACAAGGAGGAGGAGGAAUGGGGUUUAGCUGGGGAUGGCUGUGUGGACGGCGCAAUGGGCCAUCGGGCUUCGGCGGGGCAUCCACUGCCGACGAGGUCACCGCCGGCGUCGACGCCAGCCGCCUGACGGUCGUCGUCACAGGUGCAACAAAUGGCAUAGGAAAGGAGACAGCUAGGGUCCUUGCACUAAGGGGAGCAGAGGUGAUCUUACCAGCAAGGACACUGGAGAGUGGCAUGAAGGUGAAACAGAGCCUUGCAGAGGAAAUCCCCAGCUCAAAGCUCCAUGUCAUGGAGAUGGAUCUUAGCUCCCUCGACUCCGUUCGCAGCUUCGCAAAAUCGUUCAACUCGUCUUAUAGGCAUCUGAACGUCCUCAUAAAUAAUGCAGGGGUAAUGUCCUGCCCUUUUGGACUAUCCAAAGAUGGGAUUGAGCUUCAAUUUGCAACGAAUCAUGUUGGGCAUUUCUUGCUGACAAAUCUCCUUCUCGACAAGAUGAAAGCCACGGCUAAAGAGACUGGUUUGCAGGGCAGGAUCAUAAACGUGUCUUCUAUUUCGCAUCGAGGAAGCGAUGGUUCAUGCUUUGAUCUAGAUAAGCUGAACGACAAGUCGAAAUAUAUUUUCAGGUACCGUCCGUUCAAGGCAUAUGGACAUUCCAAAUUAGCGAAUAUUCUCCAUGCAAAUGAACUAUCCAGGCGUUUUCAGGAAGAAGGAUGCAAUCUGACUGCAAAUUCCCUGCAUCCUGGAGUAAUCGCCACCAACCUCCCUCGCCACAUCCUGACAAACAGUCUGAUUAUAUCAAUCUUCUCAGUCAUGAAACCUUUUCUGAAGAGCAUACCUCAGGGAGCUGCGACGAACUGUUAUCUAGCAUUGCAUCCUGGAUUGAAGGACGUGUCCGGCAAAUACUUUGCCGACUGCAACGAAGCUACGCCGACGGCUGUUGCAAGAGAUGCAGAGCUAGCAAAGAAGCUGUGGGAGUUCAGUGAAGAACUUACCAGUGGAGAUCAGAAGCUGAAGGAGAAGUGAAGGUAGCGACCUGAACCUGAAGUCGGCGGCGACAUUGGAAGGAGCGCAGUGCGCAGAGUUUGGUGGACUGGAGCUGGAGGGAUGCGACGCAAUGGAAGUACGAAACCAUGAAAGCAAUGGCAUCGGUUUUAGGCUAGACUGAAUAUGUCACUGAAAAUUUUGCUUGUCCUAAGUAUACUAUUAGUAUAUGUCUUGUUCUAAACUUGUUCGGUUGUUCCUUUAGGCAAGACUGAAUAUGUCUUGUUCUAAACUAUUAGCUAUGUGAGUGUGACUAUGUCAUCCGAUGACGAUUGUACCCCUACAUUCAGGGGCGAAUCCACAGGGUAUAACACUGUUCUAAACUUUAUAAUCCCAUUGGUGUUAGCUCA